GCGUGUUGCGCCAUCUGCACUUCCACCGAAUGCCCCUCGCUCAUCCUCGAUCCCUCCCCCCGUGCCCGCCGCACCUUGAUCACGUCUCCGAUCGCUGUACACGCAUGCACCCGCGCUUCCUGAUCCAAUUCUUCUUCUAACUGGACAAGCCGCGCGCAAUUUGGUGAAGUAUUGCGGAUUCUAUCCUACCUUCUCCAUCGACCGAGUUUCGUGCCGUGGUAGCUAUGCCUCUGUGACGAGGCACUGUUGCGUGUGAGGGCUGAUUGAUUAUACAGAUUGCAGCGUUUGUUUUUUGAUGAGGAAAACUUGAUCUGCUUGCUAAUAUUUUCGAGUUUCUGAGGACAUUGGAUGUUGGAGGUGAAAAGAAUUAAGAAUUUUAAUUCUUUUCAUUUCUCAAAGUGAAAGGCUAUCAAUUCAAAUACUUAAGAGGUCUUGAAGAUCUGUUGAAAUUUAAGCGGAAACAUGUCAGAUGCGGUGGUAAAUGGACUAGCAGGUGCUGGGGGCGGCAUAGUAGCUGUAUUGUUGACAUAUCCUUUGCAAGCAGUUAAUACUAGGCAACAAACGGAAAGGACAGCAAAACGUGGCAAGGUUGCUGAAGAUGAGGAAGGCGCGUUGGCUUUUGCCAAAGCUUACCCUACAAAGUUGCAGAAGGGAACCCUUCAAGAAAUUUGGGAGGUGAUCAAGAAUGAUGGAUGGGGAGGAUUAUACAGAGGGCUCUUGCCAUCGUUAGUUGGUACUGCUUGCUCGCAGGGUGUCUACUACUAUUUUUAUCAGAUCUUUAGAAGUGAGGCAGAAGCCCAGGCUAGGAGGUCCAAAAAGCCGAACGGUGAAGAUGGUUCAGUGGGAGUGCUGGCAUCCCUCUUUGUUGCAGCUCUGGCCGGGUGUGCAAAUGUUUUGAUUACAAAUCCUAUAUGGGUUAUUGUCACUCGUAUGCAGACUCAGAAACGAAAGAAAGGUCCGACAUCUUCAACAGAAAACGAUCUCACAGUACAAGUUGAUGGUGGACUACCAAGUUCUGCUGUUACAAAUCCUAAUUUCAGUGGAUCUCCUACCAAAUCACAGCUUGGAGCUCGCGAUACAGUCAAGGAUUUGUACAAGGAGGCUGGGUUGCUUGGAUUUUGGAAAGGUGUUUUGCCCACUCUCAUCAUGGUCAGUAACCCGUCAAUACAAUUCAUGAUCUAUGAGACUUUACUGAAGAAACUUACAGAAAAGCGGUCUAGAAAUGAAAAUGGUUUGAAACCUUUAGCUGCAACUGAGGUCUUCUUACUUGGAGCGGUUGCGAAGCUUGGGGCAACUGUAGUGACAUAUCCUCUAUCGGUUGUGAAGUCACGACUCCAAGCAAAGCAGGAUGGUGGAGGCCAUGCUUCUCUACAGUACGCAGGGACAUUGGAUGCAAUCACAAAAAUGGUUCGCUUUGAGGGCCUGGCGGGCUUCUACAAGGGCAUGAGCACCAAGAUUGUACAAAGUGUGGUGGCAGCAGCCGUUCUUUUCAUGAUCAAAGAGGAGCUUGUGAAAGUAGCACGGACCGUAGUGGUCAUUAAUCAGCCAAAUUGUACAAGACUGACAAAUUCAAAACUGGAUUCUUAACCUAUAUCCAUCAAGUCUAGCUGACUCUUAGAUUCGACCUUAUUCAGCCUGUCAACCUCUCUCCACCCUCAGACAGAAUCCAUUGGAUAGCGCAUUGAUUACUGUUAAUGCAAAUCUUACCAGAGUAGAGUAGAUUCAUCAAGCAACAUAUUGUUAGCGGGUCCGUGCAUUGCAAGGCUUCAAAGGACACUUGGGCUUUGAUGAAACAGCAGAAGCUUUAGAAUGUAGGAAUUUUUCCCUUCUUGUUUUUCUCAUCCAGGUACGUCUUCCUCCAGAUCGUGUCCACUUUUCUCCUCACCGACCCAACUGAAGAUGUGACGGCAGGUAACGUUUUCAAAUUACGUCAGCAAGUCAUCACGUUGAAUUGGAAUUUUUCUUCGAGCACAUCGGUCUACACAGGGCUUCCUCCUAAAUACCUAAUUUAGCUUAUUUUAGUUUGGAUAAAUUAGAAAUGGAUGAAAUUCAUCUAGAGUUGUCCAAAAACAUCCAUUCUAGUCAAAUUUGAUAGACUUCGUCAAAUUGUUUAAAGUGCAAGAUAUUUUUUGUUGUGCAUUAUCAUUCAUUGGAAUAAGUUGUAGUUGAAAUUGGUUGGGUGGGAUGUUCAAACUAUGGAGGAAAUUGAAAAUGAUCAUUAAACCA